GUUGUAUCGCUAGUCCUACUUGCUAGUAGAUUUUGAUCGACGGAAACCGAAACUGCAAUGAUGCUACCGAAUCAGAGUCUUGGACCAGGCUUGCUUUUUUUUUCGCGAGAAUCGAUGAUCUUCAUCUCACUCUUAGUGUGAUUUUCUAGUGAACAACCUUCAUCAUGGCGUACUACGUUUACCCAGCGACCGGUUCGAAUCAGGCGGGACACCAGGAGCAGACUGAGUACCCCAGUUAUUCCAGUCCUUACCAUUCGAACACGAGCAACCCGGCGAUGCUGGCGGUUUCGCCGGUUGCGGCGGCCGGAAAUGCGGACCCGUACCUGAUUCCUUCCCCGGUGGCUGGUGUGAUGGCCAGCCCGCUGUUCGACAAUCACCACUCGUGGGAGCAGGAGGAGGUUGCGGGCGGGCACCACUCGUGGGAGGAAGAGAAGAGCGAGGUUUCCGUCGGCGGGGCGAAUCAAGGUCAGGCUGGCACUGCGCAACAGAGCGGAACGGAGGAAAACCAGCAGCAGCUCGCGCAACAGCACAUGUACUACGGCGCAGCAGCUCCACUUGCGAGCAUGCAUCACCAGCCUCCCUACAUGAUCGCGGCUGCGCAUCCCCAGGCGGCAUUUUACCAUCCGCAGUACGCCGCGGCCGCUGGUGCGGCCGGAGCGCACUUCCAGCCGAUCAUGCUCGUGCCGGUGGCGCCUUUCCCGCACGCCGCGUACUACGGAGCAACGACCGGCGGACACGAUAUGUGGGCAGCUGCAGCGGGAGGUGCUCCAACCAGUGACUAUUUUCACUACCCCGGAGGAGACAACACCUUCCAGCAGCAUCAGGAUUGGACCGCGACGGACGACAAAAAGAACCCGAAAAGUACUGGAAAAAAGGAUGCUGCGGCCGCUGGGUCGUCCCCAUCGCGCGCUAAAAACGCACACAGUACGCCGGUGAAGAUGUUGAUGAACAAAAAAGGCGGGCCGGCUGUGUCCUCUUCAGUGGACCGCCAAAAGCUCAUGACAACUCCGGGGGGAAACAAUCACAGCCCGCUGAAGGCGCCCCCGGGGCUGGAAGAAGAUUUGGACGGUCCGCCGCCGGGAUUGGACCCUCCGUCUCCGAAGAAAGAAGAACAGCACACCUCCAGCAGCACUUCCUGGCGGAAAGUACCAGCAGAAACUUCCAAGAAGGUUGAAGUGAAAGCGCCGGAGCUGAGCUGCUACCACGACUUGCAGAAAGAGGAGGUGGUGCUCAGUUGGAAACAGGAGGCGGUUUCAAAAAAAGACAGCAAAGCAGAGUCCAGCAGCGGUGAGCAGGAUUCCGAGUCCUCUUCUACUCAGCAAAAUCACACAAAGUCACUCUAUUCCUGCACUUUCCCCAUUGCCCUGCACCCCCUGUCCUACAUGUUCCAGCCGAUUGCGCGGGUGCGCGGGUUCGAGGACGCGAACCUGAAGUCGGUUCUGAGUGAGAUCCACGACGAGGUGGAGGUGACCGUGCACAUCUCGGACUUUCUGCUCGCGCAGACCUUGCCGUCGGCCAAGCAGGACAGCAAGACGAAGUCGAAGAAGCUGGAGCGGAACAAGGAGCUGUACUCCAAGCGCGGGUUUUACCACGGCAACCUGCAGCAGUGUCCGGUAAUGGUGAAGGUGUGGGCGAAAAACAAGGAGACUGUGGUGAAAGCGAAGUGGUUGCUGCAGAAGUUGAUGGCGUCCGUGAGCAAAUCCGUCAUGAACCAGAGUUCCAAUUCCAGCCCGAAGAAGAAUUUAAACGGGGCGGACUUCGAUCCGAACAAGGUCGUGUGGUGGUACAUGGAGAGUGCCAGCAAUAGCAGUAUGAACACACCCAGCACCUCCCACUCCGGGUCGAAGGUCGGCUCGAAAGAGCUGCACGUCCAGAAAAGUUCGAAAGAGGUCGUGGAGGAGACGAGUAGCAGCAAAAAUGAUCCGGAACAUCAAAACGGCGCCGGCUCUAAAAAUUCUGGUCAACCGAAUUCGACGAGAUCUUCGAAAACUUGCUCGGGUACUACUAAAAAUACCGACGCGAUCAACACUGCCUUGAAUUUCCAGAUGCGGACGGAGCUGCACGAAUUGGAGCGGCAGUGGCGGAAAGCGGACUACGGCAGCAGCUACAACAACGUCUUCAUGCGGUUUGUGCACGACACGCAAAAUGCGCAGACGGUCUUCGACAAAUCGAUGCAGGAGGUGUCUGCGGUGAGCUCGAAGUCCAGUGAAUUGCUGCUGAUCGGCGACCUGCUGAGCGAGUUGAAGCCGGAGGCGAUGCUCUCCUCCUCCGCGUCGGAAUCCAGCUCCUCGAAGCGCACCUCGCGGGCGCACUUCGCGGGCAGCAAGUCGAGUAUGGCGGGGAGCGUGACCAGCGCGAGUGGGGCCGAGGAAAUUGAGCAGCGGGUGCGGAUCGAGGAGCGGGCGAUCGCUGCUGGAACGAAAAACAGUGGUUCGUCGGACAAUAUGCCGAAAUCCAACUACAGUGCCUCGGUGCUGUACCACGCGGUGUCGAAGAGUAAGCAGAUGAUGAUGAAUCUCGGUGUGGACCAGCACAUGCUGGUUUCAACGGCGUCGGAGGAAGAGGUGCUGAUGCAGGACGAAAAGUACCGGAGCUUCAGCAGCUGCUCGGAAACCGCGUCAAAUCAUCUGGUGUGAGUUUGGUUGCGAUCAUCAUGAGAUGGUCUGACUUGGCGGUAAGUAACUAUGUAUCUAGAGUUCGUUAAGGUUUUGUUUUGAAUUUUUCACUUGUUUGACAAUUUACAUUUAUUUUACUUUAUCAGUUUCAUAUUAAUUACACAAUCCGUUUCUAUUUCUGUUUUGAGUUUUUCGUUUGGUUUUUCGACUUUUCAGCAUCACAUCUGUAACUUGACAAUUUGACUUCCGAUUUAAAGCCAAUUUAUGGGAAUAUUGCUUCUUCUACACAAUUCGUUUCUAGCGUAGUGAGUUUCAGUUUUUGUAUACACAGCAUCAUUUGUGACUUUCGCCUCUUCGUCUGGACUGCAAACUAUUUUGGGAACUCGUUUCAUUUUAGAAAAAGUCAUUUAGUACUGCUGCGUCGCUAGUAGCCUUCAGGUUGUCUGCACAAGCUGCAUGUGGAACCGGCUCGGAAUACUGGAUAUCGGUCUUCGUCAACGUCUGAGAAAACAAAGCAAGAUCACCGAUUCGUUUUAAGGACUCACAGC